AUGGUGCAUAAAACUUUGACGUUUAAGGAACAGAUGAAUGGUUUCCCAUGGCGACAGUUGCUGGCAGUAUCGAUUGUUAGAGUCAGCGAACCUAUUGCAUUCACAUCACUGUUCCCAUAUGUAUAUUUUAUGGUCAAGGAUUUCCAUAUCGCGCCAGAUGAUGCGCAAGUGUCGAAGUAUUCCGGUUAUCUCUCAUCGUCAUUUGCGCUGUGUCAAGUGCUAUCGGCGUACUACUGGGGUUCGUUUUCAGAACGACACGGCAGAAAGUUAGCAUUGAUCCUUGGACUCAUGGGCUCAAUCGUUUCUUUACUGAUACUUGGGUUUUCCCGUAAUUUCUACCAAGCCAUGUUGGCCAGGAUAUUGAUGGGGCUGUUGAAUGGAAAUGUUGGGGUGAUUAGAACAAUGAUUGGAGAAAUUGCGACCGAGAGAAGGCAUCAGGCGUUAGCGUUCAGUACAAUGCCUCUGCUUUUUCAACUGGGUUCCAUAAUUGGUCUUAUGAUUGGUGGAUACCUUGUGUUUCGACCCACAGGCAGCUCCGGCGAUUAUAUCCCAAAAUGGGUGCCACAUUGCCUCAAAGCAGUUGUGCGGUCGUACCCCUACGCACUGCCGAAUUUAGUGGUUACGUCUUUCUUGUUCAUUGGACUGGUCAAUGCUGCGCUGUUCUUAGAAGAGACUCAUCCUGUGAAGAAAUUGAGACGGGAUUACGGGGUGGAAUUGGGCGAUUACAUAAGAACCAAGAUUUUCGGGCUGAAGCCCAUCUUGAGGCCUUGGCAGAGACAUGAGGACACUGACUCUGUAGGUACAACCGCGGAAGUGGAACCGACAGCAGAGUCGAUGACAACAGAGCCGACAGAAACAAGCCAGUUGUUGCAAGACGAUAACAGCUCCUGUGACAGCAUUCCGUCAAUACCGCAUACUUUGACAAGAAGACAAUCUAUAGCGUUGAUAAGGACCUAUUCCUCGUACGAACCCACCGAUUUAAACAAGUCGGAAAGAAUCUCCGCAGAUGAUGGCUGUAGUGAAUUGAGUAUUUGGCAUCAUGUUUUUCAUACAAAAGUUUUUUAUCCAAUUUCUGUUAAUUUCAUAAUGUCCUUACAUCUGACGGUUUACAGUGAAUUUUUGCCGGUAUUUUUAGCUUAUGAUUUAGAAAAGGACCCACAAAAUCCACACCAAUUAGCUUCAAAGUUUCCUUGGAAAAUAUCGGGCGGUAUAAGUUAUCUUCCUCAGCAAACAGGUACUCUGCUAUCUACCACUGGUAUAUUUGGAGUAUUUGUUGUCAUUUUCAUCUUCCCAAUAGUUGAUAGAAAGUUUGACUGUUUAAAGAUAUUUAGAAGCUUGGUUCUAUUAUAUCCAAUUAUCUAUGUCAUGGUCCCCUACGUUAUUUUUCUACAACAAGAAAACAUACCAAAGUGGUGGACCAGUGUCUACUUGUAUUUUAUAACAGGCACUAAGACAUUAUGUGGCGCUCUAACGUUUCCACAAAUCAUGCUUUUAAUCCAUAACUCAAGUCCAUUGAGCUGCAGAGCAGUAAUAAAUGGUGCUACUAUAAGUAUAAGUGCAGCUGCACGGUUUAUUGGUCCGUUGAUUUGGGGCUUCCUAAUCUCUUGGUCUGAGGAAAAAGAUGUGGCAUGGGUUAGUUGGUGGUCCCUCGGUCUGAUAUGUAUGAUUGCGUUAUACCAGAGCUAUAAGAUAGAACCUCUCAAUGAUUAUGAGGAUAUCACUGUAGAAAGAGAAGAUCAAACUAGCCGGCAAUUUUCGCACAAAUUGCGUCGCUCAAGCUUAAACAGUCUCGCAAACAGAAGAUAA